UAGCUUGAAUGGCGUGUGUAGCUGUGACGCUACAAUUGGUCUUGGGCCUGGGCUCAAGCUCAAACGCCUUCCUCUUGAAGAUUUAGUGCACUGCUAUAUGACACAGCCACACCUUAUGCAGUGAACCUAAACAGGGAACAGACUGCUUGGACUUGUCACAGGAUGCAGCGUUCUCGCUUUGGUUGGAUUUCUGGCUUGUUAUUGCUAGGUCUUUGGACAAGUAAUGCACAAGAAUGCGGUCAGCCACCUCUACAGAGCAGAAUAGUUGGAGGAUAUGAUGCAAAUGCAGGUCACUGGCCAUGGCAAGUUGAUAUACAGUCCCCUACAGGACAUGUAUGUGGAGGAACAAUCAUUGCUGAGAACUGGGUUCUAUCUGCAGCUCACUGUUUCCCAAAUCCUUCUGACACGUCCCAGUACUUGAUCUACGCAGGCCGUCUGCAGCUGAAUGGCUGGAACCCAUAUGAGACGUCUCAUCGGAUUAGUCGUGUGGUGGUGCCGUAUGGCUACACGGACCCGCAGCUGGGCCAGGACAUAGCUUUAGUGGAGUUGGCUAGCCCAGUCAAGUGGUCUGAUCAUGUCCAGCCUGUGUGCCUGCCAAAUGCAGAUGUUUCGUUUCCUGGAGGAACGCUGUGCACCAUCACAGGCUGGGGAGACAUUAGAGAUGGAAUUUCUUUGCAGGGGGUGGGAACUCUGCAGCAGGUGCAGGUGCCAAUCAUCGAUCAGUCUGCCUGCCAGGAGAUGUUCCAGAUCCAAGCCACAGAGCAGGUUAACAUUCGCUAUGACAUGCUCUGUGCCGGUUUUCAACAGGGGGGCAAAGAUUCCUGCCAGGGGGAUUCUGGAGGACCGCUGGUGUGCCAAACAUCUAGUGGCAUCUGGUUACAAGCUGGCAUUGUGAGCUUCGGCCUGGGCUGUGCCCAGCCCAACCGGCCGGGUGUCUAUGCUAGAGUGUCAGCCUUUUCCAACUUUAUUCAGAACAACAUUCAGGGACUACAACUGCGUGGUGCAGCGGAUCACAACUGGACCGGCUGGCUCAUCAUACUCACCAGGACUGUAAUCGCACUAAUUAUGGCACAUCUGCUGAGAUAAUGUCAACUUAUCUAUGCCAAGGGAAGGAAAAAUUCACAAACCUCAGGUGACAUUAAAAAGAGGCAAUGCAGGCAAUGAUUAUUGUUUAUAUACUGUAUGUUGAAUACAAUGUUCUGCUUGCCUUUGCAUUCAGUGGCUACUCAAUGUGCAUAUUUAGUCUGAAUAUAGAAAGGUAACACUUUAGUCAGAAGUGAUAUGCAAUUUGCACAUUUGAACUGUAAGCAGACUACUUUUUUAAUGAAAUGUCUGUAAACCGCAAGAUUUGACAACCAUAAAUUGAGGAAAAUAGGUUUUAACUGUGGGAUAGUGUGAUCAGGUAUUUAUUGAUGUUUUUUACGUAUCUUGCUUUUUUUAAAUUUAUAACUGAUUGUCUUAAAUAAAGAACUGUGUAUAGUG